CAAUUGUGAACAGAUCAGUUCCAGAUGUCUGUGCGACCUGCCACAUUCAUGCUACAUGUCAUCAGACUGAAGGAAAAAGCGUAUGCAUCUGUAACUAUGGAUUUGUAGGCAAUGGAAUAACCCAUUGUCAGGAUAAAGAUGAAUGCCAGAUUGGAGCCAGCAAGAUCUGUGGAAAUCAUACACUCUGUCACAAUACACACGGAAGUUUUUACUGUGUUUGCCUGGAUGGAUACCAAGCCUCCAACAACAAUAAGACAUUUAUUCCCAACGAUGGCACGAACUGUACAGACAUAGAUGAAUGUGAGGAGCCUGGGCUGUGUGGUCGCAAUGCAGGAUGCGUGAAUACUGAAGGAAGCUACAAGUGUUACUGCAAUGAUGGUUAUAAAUUAGAAAAUGGAGAGCGUUUUUUUCAUCCAGAUGAGAACAUGGUUUCAUGUAAAGAAAUUGGAUGUGGUUCCCCUCCUGAAAUGAAGCAUGGCUACAUUGUGGGGAACUACAGCUUGCUACCAGGAAGUGCGGUUCGUUAUAAAUGUAAAGAAGGAUUUUACAGCAACGAGGGAAUGUUCUCAUAUUGCACAGCAAAUGAAACUUGGGAACCUGACACUUUAAGCUGUAAAGCUGUGGACUGUGGGGUUCCACCUUCUGUUUCAAAUGCAUAUCCAGCAUCUGUAAGUGAGACCACAUAUGGGAGUGAAGUUACCUACACUUGUGUUCAUGGUUACUUUACUGUAAGUGGCAAUCGGACUAGGGUCUGCAAUGCCAAAGGACGGUGGGAUGGUACUGAUUUGGUGUGCAAAGAAAUAAACUGUGGCAAACCUUUGCUGAUUCCACACACUGAAAUGAUCUGGGACGACUCUACCACUCUAUCAAGCAGAGUGUACUAUCGGUGUAAAGAAGGAUAUUAUUCUGUUGGAGACAGGAAUUUUUCAGAAUGCAUGAUAGAUCAGUCGUGGGAGAAUAUUACAUACAUAUGCAAAG